UUAAAAUUAUUUUCAUCUUGCCCUAAUUCCAUCCAAACAGGAAUCCUAAUUUCAUCAUUUCCUCUCCCCGCCAUGGAAUUCUCCUUCAGAUUCUCCCAUCCCAGUUAUUGAUCACCAAUGAUCAUGAUUGGAGCGUUUCAAUAGGAUAAAUUGCGAAACAAUCUAGUCCGUACGGGUUUGGUCUUAUAACCAGUCAAUGGUAGGGUCCACCAGAUAAACAGGUAUAUGAGAACUGGCAUGGUGUUAUAGCGAGAACAACUCUCCUCUCCUGAGAACAGAAUUCUGCACUAAUCAGCACAUAAUAAAACAUGCGGAAUAGUUGGCUGUUUUUUACAAAUUUGGAUCUUGAUGGUGGAUGUCCGUAUUUCUUUCCAGAGUCCCACUUAUACUAUGGACAUUUCUAUAUUCCUGGAAGUCUAGCUCUUCAAGAAGCAUUUAGUUGCAUUUCCAAGUUCACCGGUGCUCUACUAGUCUGGUUUGCUGGUGGGCUAAAUUCCAAUUUACCCUGUAAACUAUCUGGCAAUCCACAUGGUUCGAAAAAUGGAAAUUGUCAGUCUUGUACACAAGUCAAACACAUUACAUCUUCUAGACAUAAUUCAGCAGGGUUCCAGCUUGGAUCUAGAUCAAGAGUGGAAUCUGCUGCCCCAAUGUUUUUUGGUAAGAUCAUGAGUUCCACAAUAAGAAAUCUAUGGAAUGAAGUUGAGCAACUUCAAUCAUUUCCCAUGCUCUCAUUAGCUGCUGCCCUUGUGCCUCCAUUUGACAAUAUAUCAAAGGUGCUAGCUGUCCCACUAGUGAAUAUCGAUGAACAAAUCAGUGGACAAAUGGAUCAACUAGCCUGUGGAGAUGAGUACAAGGGGUGUUCUAGUCUUUCUCUGUCAGAGAUAAAAUGGAGAAGAGAUGCAGUUGAACCGAGAACGGGCAUCAAGUUCCCCAGUGUUUUGGGCAAUCUUGUAGCUGGAGACAAUAGAUCAACUUUGACUUCUGAGGUACUUGUUGGAACUGGUUCUAAAAGCAUGAGAAUAAUUAAAGUCAAAUCUCUGAAGGUCUAUGCAUUUGGUGUAUAUGUUCACCCUGACUCUGUUUGUGAGAGAUUGGGUCCGAAGUAUGCUACUGUGCCAAUCACUGAACUGAAGAACCACCCAGAUUUUUUUGAAGAUAUGCUUAGGGAGGAUAUUCACAUGACUGUUAGGCUUGUGGUGAAUUGCAACGGGCUAAAAAUCAACACUGUGCGAGAUUCUUUCGAGAAAUCCCUCCGUGCCAGAUUGCUGAAGGUUAACCCUGACACAGAUUACAACUGCUUGAAAGCUUUUGGUUCUUAUUUCACUCAAGAUAUCCCACUACCAGCGGGCACAACGAUAGAUUUUCGACGAACAACCAAAGGCCAGCUAAUAACAGAAAUUGGUGGUAGAACAAUUGGAGCAGUUGAUAGCAAGGAUUUAUGCAGGGCAUUUUUCGACAUGUAUAUUGGGGAUGUUCCGGUGUCUGUACCUGCAAAGCAGGAGAUUGCCACCAAUGUUGCAGGCAUGAUGAGGAGAUGCUACUAAGCUGGCGUCAGUGGGGCCCUUUUCUUUUAAAAAUUACUUAGUCCAUUUUUUACAAGAUUAGAUGCUGGCAAGAUGUCCCAAAAGAUGUCCUUGCUUAUUUUCUACCAUUGAUCUCAGCUUCUAUGCUAACCAGCAUAUUAGUGGGCAGCUAGUUUAAGGUAGGGAAAAGGGGGAAAUGGAGAGGAAAUGCCAAGAUGUACAUUCAGAGCCCAAUUUGUUCGGCAAGAGCUGACCUUUCAGAGGUAUAUGUUUGUCAGAUAGACAGAGAUAUUCAGAAAACUUUCCUAUUUGGGUUGUGCUGUUUGUUUAGACCCUGCUUUGGGGUCAGGGAAAUCAGAAUGUUAAUUUGGUAAACACGUGAGUUUGUCAAAUUCAUGUAUUUUAGAUUUGGCAAAUUUCAAAGUUCACUGCUUGGCAAUUAAACUACAAAUUCAUGGAUUUGGAGA